GAAAAGGCCCAAGGCCAACAAUAUCUCACUCCGUCGGAGGAGAAAGCCCUCGAAAAGUAUUUGAAACUAAUGGCUGACCUCGGGAAUUCUGUGCGAAUUAAGUGUCUACCGUCCCUUGCCUUUAGUACCGCCCGCCAGCGUUUGACGAAUAAAGUGACCAAGCCUCCGGGCAAGAACUGGGCCCGGGGCUUCCAGAAGCGUCAUCCAGCACUCAAAUCACGACGAGUGAGGGCGAUAGCCUGGGAACGCUAUGAUAAGAUAAUA